UUAUGGUUUAAGUUGUAUGUUUAGACAUUAGAGUACUACGUAUCUUACUUAUAUUAUGCUGUGUCUUUUUCUGUCCCUUUUUUUGCCAAUCAUAAGAUGUUUUCUAAUAGAUAGGCCACAUAACGAAAGUGGCAACCUACUAUCAACAAGUCAAUAUGUUACUGAGGCGGAGUUCUUGAAGGAGACAACAUUUAUUCACCAGGAAGCGGGACAAAUAAGAACAUUCGUAGAAAAAUCCCUUGCAUUGUUGACUUCUCAACUGCAACCAAAGUUUAACAUUCUGGACCAACUACACCAGAAAUUUGAAAAUUUGGAACAUAAAUUAUCAAAAUGCGAAAAUCACAGUGAAUCAACUGUCUCUUUAGAACAGAAAUAUACAGAUCUCGAACAGAAAUAUAACAAAUUAAAGUUUGACUAUAAUUUGAUUAAACUAGAUUUGGAUAAUAAAACAACUGAACUAAAUCAAAAGAUUACAGAUAUAAAGCAACUGGACAAUAUUAAACCGUUGUCCGAAUUUAAGAUACUACAACAAACAGUGCAGGCAGUUUCUGCGCAAACACAUUCUCUGAGCAUAAACGAGCGAGCCCGGAGUCAGGAUUUUCUUGCGUUGUACAAUAUGACAAUGGAUUCAAAAAGAGUGUUAUAUAAUCUUGAGAAUCGUCAAAAUACGACAGAAGCUGAUCUUAGCAACGAAUUAAAGAAAUUAGAAACCAAAACUAACACACAAUUAUUAAUAAUUGAACAAAGUCAAAACUCUACAGCAGCUGAUAUCAUUACUAGGAUGGAAGCAAAGGAAAUCAGUGAUAAAUUGACGAUGUCAAUGGUACAGAAGCAGAUCAACAACAAUGCAGAAAGAGUUGCCAUAAGUGCUCAUCCACUGACAAGCAGAACAAUAACUAAUACCAUAAUGAGAUUCAACGAAGUGAGGUACAGUGUAGGGAUCACCAACCUUGCGGCUUUCAAGUCCACGGGAAAGUUUGUAUGUGAACAUGUAGGACUGUACCUUAUAUCGGCUUCUGUGAUGUCGUAUACCAGUGGUGCGCGCUAUAGGAUUAAUCUGAAUGGGAAUGAUAUUUCAGAAACACGCGUCGGCCAACAUAGCAGUAAUUACGACCAUACUGGUGGAGUGACUGUCACCCGGAAGUUAAACCCAAAUGAUCAAGUUUGGUUGUAUGCUAUUGGGUCUUUGUAUCUUACUGGUGGUAUUCAUUCUACAUUUACAAUAAUCAAAGUAAAAUGAAUGCACGUCAUUUAAUAUUGAAGACA